ACCCUUCAAAUCACUUUCCCUUCUCUCUAAUUCUAAUGGGUUUUUUUUUUUUUUUUUUUUGGUGUAAACAACAUAAUUCAAUAAAUGAUUGUGGGAAAAGGUGAAGCACAAAAAAGAACGGUUUUCUAAGUCUUCUAUGGUGCCAAAUUUCAAUUUCUUUCACCUUUUAAAACAUAAAGUUGGGAUCUUUUUCUAAAACCCUGUUUUGAAAUCCUGCGACUCCUUCUUCCAUGCAUUCUCUUCUCCUCCAGCUACUACUCUCUCUCUCUUUCCUUCUUCUUUUUUCUCGGUAUAUAUAAACCUCACCAUUAUCUUGAUAUCACAAACAGAUACCUCAAAAACUUCAAUACAUGGGAAGAGCUCCUUGUUGUGACAAAGCCAACGUCAAAAAGGGACCUUGGUCGCCUGAGGAGGAUGCCAGACUCAAAGCUUAUAUUGAACAGUUCGGCACCGGCGGCAACUGGAUAGCCUUGCCUCGCAAAAUAGGUCUUAAGCGAUGCGGGAAAAGUUGCCGCUUGAGAUGGCUGAAUUAUCUCCGCCCCAACAUCAAACAUGGAGGGUUCUCAGAGGAAGAGGAUAACAUCAUUUGCAGCCUCUACAUAACCAUAGGAAGCAGAUGGUCGAUAAUUGCAGCUCAGUUACCAGGAAGAACGGAUAACGACAUAAAGAACUACUGGAACACAAGAUUAAAGAAAAAGCUUCUGGGAAAGCAGCAACGUGAGCAGCAAGCUAUGGCUCGCAGAAUUCAUACCCUAAAGCAAGAUUUUGAUAAGAAUAUGAAUAAUGUCAUCAUUCACCCUGCUGCAGUGUCCAUGAAUCUGAAUCAUGAUUAUGAAGCCCCAUAUUAUCCAAAUCCCAACACAAGCGGGCAAGAUGUUAGGGAGUUGAUCAUUAAAAUGGGAGGAAGAAGGUUGGUUUGUUGUGAUCAUCCAUUUGAAUUGAACCCAGUGGACGAGGCUCAUCAACACCCUUCAUUAGUGUUUGAAAGUUCAAAUUUUGGUCAGUUUUCAGGAGACGUGCAAUAUGGAAUGAGCAAUAAGGUGGAGGAUCCAACAGCAGGAAUGUUCCAUGGAACUGAAUUUGGAGAUUCAUUGCAUAAUUUGGAAAGUGGGUUGGAGGGUUUAUAUGGGAUGGGAAGUAGCUCUUUGGUUUAUCCUCCCUUGGUUUCCUCAGAUUUUGAAGCUUCCCACCAAAGUUUUGCUCAUAAUCAUAAUCAUAAUCAUGUCUUUCCCGAGUCUACACCCUAUUGCCUCCAAUGACAUCAACCUAUGUUUAAUUACAACAGGGUUUGUAAAUUUGUAUUUUGGAAAUUUAGAAACUGGGUUUUCUUUUC